AUGGCGGGCUGCAAAGGCGGAGGAAAGAAGAAGAAAUUCCAGUCUCUAGGAGAAGUUUUGGACAGAAUCUCUGUCCUUGUUCAGACAACUCCUGUGGCAAGAAAAGCUGUGUUUGAGGCAGGAGCUAUUCCUUUCCCAAGUGAGGCCUUGCACAAAAGUUCCAGAGAGGCAAAAGAGCAAGCGCUGAAGAUUUUGCAUGGGUUUGCAACAGGCGGUGUAGAGUAUCAAGACACUUUAACACACAUCUUGCCAUACCUGGUCAACCUCUCAGAUGCAGAAGAGAUGCUGGUAUACCCCACCAUUGAGCUUAUUUGA